CGUGUCGAUUAAUCCAUCCAUCAGGAAUCAGCCGGCAGCAGCAGCAGCAGCAUCAUGUACCGACCGAAUUUCUACGAAUCAACGUGCCUCCGGUGCAGCGAAAUCGUUUAUCAGGUGGAUAGGGUGGGCCCGCUGAAAGAUUUUACUUUCUUCCACUCCGGAUGCUUCAAGUGCAAACGGUGCGGAACCAAGCUGACGCUCAAAACCUACUACAACAACCAGCACAAUCAGGAUGAUAAAGAGGUUUACUGCUGUUCACACGUACCCAAAAGUGGUCCUGGCCAUUUCGAUCAAACAUCGGUAGGCAUCCGGCAGGCACUAAACGUACCGAAAAGCACCAACUAUGUGAACGAACAAAUCCGGGGUCAUCGUAACGACAGCAUCGAUGGGCAACAGAGACUAGGCACACCAAAUGGGUACAACAAUGGUGGCAGAGAAGGCAAUACGCCACCGCAAAAUGAUCCCGAUUACAAGUAUGGGCGGUUUGAUGCGAGUGCGCUGCACAUAGCGCACGCCCUUAAGCAGACAGAAAUUCAGAAAGCGUACGAUAAGCCACGCGAAAAACCGAUCGAUUACUAUUUGGCACGAGAUGAGCAAGCGAAACUUGAAAUGAAACAUCGAAAAGAGGAAGAUGAUCUGUACAGAAAAUUUGCCCGCAAAAGAGAGGAGGAAGAUCGGCGGAUGCAAAGCGAAAUUCAGGAUGAAUGGGAGCGAGAACUGCAGCGAUUAGCACACAAAUUUGAAAAGGAGCUUACCACAAGCAGACGAUCGCGCGAAGAUCAAAGCAUACUAACGCUCAAGCACGAGCAGCAGAAGGAAGAUUUGGAAAAGAAUAUGACCAUCCGGAAGACGAAAAAGAAGGAAAGCCUCACGCGAAAGUUGCUCGAACACGAGCGUUCCGAAACGGCGGCCCUGGUUGAUCGACAGUCGAGCGAAAUGUUGGAGCUGAUCAGCGUUCGACGCAGCGAGUACAUGCAAAGCGAAAGCAUAUUCCUGGACGAUGACAUUAACGAAACGGUGGUCGCCAUGGAGUAUCCACUGGUCGCACCGAAACCGGCACCACCCGCCCUGAGCAAAUUCCAGGUGUAUAAUGAUCCAGUUGAGUUCACGGACGUGGAUCAGAUCGCUAUCACCGUUGCGCAGGAGGAUCAGAAAACGUUCACGGACUUGGUGCGACAGUUGGUGGGCCGUUGCACUUCCGACAUCGAAAAGGCCCGGACCAUAUUCCGAUGGAUUACGGUGAAGAACCUAAACACGAUGACGUUCGACGAUAAUCUGCGAGGUGACACACCGAUGGGAUUGCUGCGGGGUAUUAAAUACGGCACGGAGAGUUACCACGUGCUGUUUAAGCGCUUGUGCAGCUACGCUGGGCUGCACUGUGUGGUGAUAAAAGGUUAUUCCAAGAGUGCUGGUUACCAACCGGGAGUGAAAUUCCAAGAUUCAAGUCAUCCGAAAAAUUCCAGAUUCCGCAACUCCUGGAACGCCGUCUACGUGGCGGGUGCGUGGCGCUUUGUGCAGUGUAACUGGGGCGCACGACAUUUGGUUAACGCGAAGGAAGCGCCCAAGACGGGCAAGGGCAAAAAUGAUAGCUUGCGGUACGAGUACGACGAUCACUACUUCCUGACCGAUCCGCGGGAGUUUAUCUACGAGUUCUUCCCGUUGCAAGAGGAGUGGCAACUGCUGAAGCGACCCAUCACGCUGACGGAAUUUGAAAAUUUGCCGUUCGUACGAUCGUUGUUCUUCCGCUAUGGGCUACACUUUGCCGAUGAUGGAUACGGGGCCGUUGUGUACACGGAUGAUACUGGGGCGGCCACUGUUCGGAUAGCUAUGCCGUCCAAUAUGCAAGGAUGCCUGAUAUUCCACUACAACCUCAAGUUCUACGACAGCGAUGAGGAUUCGUUCGACGGUGUGUCGCUUAAACGGUUCGUCAUGCAAUCUGUCAUCAGUAAUGUGGUUGCUUUUCGGGUACAUGCGCCAUGUUCUGGUGCGUUUCUGCUCGACAUUUUUGCCAACGCUGUAACGCCCCAGGAGUACUUAACUGGGGAACCGAUGAAGUUCAAAAGUGUGUGCAAAUUUAAGAUUUGUUGCGAAGAGUUGCAGACCGUUAUGGUGCCCUUGCCAGAUUGUGCCAGCGGUGAAUGGGGCCCUACGAAAGCGACCAGACUGUUCGGUCUAAUACCGAUUACUCAUCCGGAACCACUCAUCUUUGCCGGACGGUCGAUCGAACUUCAAUUCCGCAUGUCGCGACCGCUAACGGACUUUAUGGCGACACUGCACAAAAACGGUAUCGAGGAAAAGAAACUUUCGAAAUAUGUUCAACAAUCGAUCAUUGAUGAUAUGAUCACAUUUAACAUCAGCUUUCCCGAGGAAGGACAGUACGGGCUCGAUAUUUACACCCGGGAGGUUGGAUCGGUAUCGCACAACAACAAUUCCUCCACCGAAAAGCAUCUACUCACGCACUGCUGCAAAUAUCUGAUCAACUCAUCUAAGCGGAACUAAGGUUGGAACAACGGAAAGACGCAUGCGACGAUACUAACCAAUUAG